GAAUCUCAUCCCCAUUUUCUUGCUCCCCCUCUCUAUAUCUAUACCAACUGAUGUCUUUGUGUCAGCUGCACAAUUUCUAGCACCGUUGUGAGGGGGAUUCGGUGAUCUCUCUCUCUCUCUCUCUAUAUCAGAGCCAUGGCUCCAAGCAAGCUCGACUCUAAUGGAAAUGCAAGUGUUUCCCAGCAGGAGAAUGGUUUUGUUGAUUCAUUAUCAAUCUUGAAUUCUGAGAAGGCAGUGCAAGAAAUUAUUCAGCAACCACUUAUUCCGGGAAUUGAGGAUAAUCUCAUAGAGUUCUCCGAGGCAAUGAGAACUGUUGCGAAGGCAUUAAGACGAGCUGCUGAAGGGAAAGCUUCUGCUCAAGCCGAGGCAGCUGAAUGGAAACGUAAAUUUGAAUUGGAGAGGGCACGAAAUCUUCAGUUGGAGCAGAAAGGAAACAAGAUUUGUGCAAAGCUUCAAAAUUGUUGGGCUCGAGCUUCUCCAGAUAAUGCAAUGGGAAUUAUUAGAUUAUUUCUUCAAUGUCUUGUUUGUUGGGAUAUUUGGAAGGAACAGAGUGGGGGAGUAUCUGAAGUGCUGCCAUCUGGAGUGAGUAAUGGUGAUUUUUACAAUGAGAGGGCAGACAACUCAGCAGACCAACCUGUGCUGCUGAAUCAAACCUGUGAGCAAUCUGAGGUGUGUUGUGGGGAGAACGGAAUUUGCUCCCAUGAGGUUCUACGGGAUGGGGACCCUGAUUCUGGUUUGGAUGUGGUUCAGAAUAGAUUUAUGAGAAAGGCAUCAUUUAAAUUAUCAUGGUGUGGCAAAGGUGAUAACAACGAUCAGCGAAAACAUGACAUUGUCUCUUUUGAGAAGGGAAAUAUAACAGCUGCAGAGCGUAGCAGUAAGCAGAUAUCUUUGAAGUGGGAAUCUCAGCCACAGACUGUGCUUAUUUUGACUAAACCAAAUUCACCUUCUGUUCGUAUUCUGUGUGCAGAAAUGGUCAGAUGGUUGAAAGAUCAUAAAGAGCUGAACAUUGUUGUGGAACCACGAGUGAGGGUAGAGCUUCUAACAGAUUCAAUGAACUACAACUUUGUACAAACCUGGAAAGAUGACAAGGAAGUUCUGCUCCUGCACGAGAAAGUUGACCUUGUUGUAACUCUUGGUGGGGAUGGAACUGUUCUUUGGGCAGCAUCAAUGUUCAAAGGGCCAGUUCCUCCCCUUGUCCCGUUUUCUUUAGGUUCUUUGGGCUUUAUGACCCCAUUUUAUAGUGAACAUUACAAAGAAACUCUUGAUUCAAUCCUUCGGGGUCCCGUUAGUAUCACAUUAAGACAUCGGUUGCAGUGCCAUGUUAUUCGUGAAGCAGCUAAAAAUGAAUAUGAGACCGAAGAACCUAUACUAGUUUUAAAUGAAGUGACGAUUGACCGUGGAAUUUCAUCAUUCCUUACAAAUUUGGAAUGCUAUUGCGACAACUCAUUUGUCACCUGUGUUCAAGGGGAUGGUUUGAUCUUGUCAACAACAUCUGGAAGCACUGCAUAUUCCUUGGCAGCUGGUGGAUCAAUGGUCCAUCCACAGGUUCCUGGCAUCCUGUUUACACCAAUUUGCCCACAUUCCUUGUCCUUCCGCCCUCUGAUAUUACCAGAGCACAUAACACUGAGAGUUCAAGUACCUUUCAAUAGCAGAAGCCAUGCUUGGGCAUCUUUCGAUGGAAAAGACAGAAAAAUGUUGGCACCUGGGGAUGCACUUGUGUGCAGCAUGGCACCUUGGCCCGUGGCAACUGCUUGUCAAGGUGACUCCACCAGUGAUUUCUUGCGCAGCAUACAUGAGGGUCUCCACUGGAAUUUGAGGAAGACUCAAUCUUUUGAUGGCCCUCGGGACACAUAACUGUUUUCUUUUCUUCUUUUUUUUAAUUUAAUUUUUUCUAUUUUUUUUUAUCUGUUCUUCGGCUGAAAGAAGCUAUGUUCUGUUGGGACAGUGUAUCUGUUAGUAAGAAUGUUCAUAGCUUCAUCCCACUGUUAUUUUAGGGAGGAGAUAGCUUCUUCUUUUUUUAAUGUUUUUUAAGUACUUAAAAGUGAAACAGAGUAUUCCUUAUCUUACGCGAAUUGUAUUAAUAUUUAAUCACAGGAUAACAGAUAUUACUACCAGAAGUAGAUAGAAGAGAAUUAUAUCCUUUAUAGUA